GAUGCUUGUUGCUGUUGUUCUUUGCGAGACAGCUGAUUAAAUUAAACAAUAAGUUGAACAGCAAUACAUAAUGUUCAAAUACUUCAAGUAUUCAGUUAAAACAACUCCUAUGAUAUCACGGAAUUGCAGUAAUAAAAAUUCCAGCAAUGAUGGCUUAAAUUAUUGCGCUAAUAUAGUUAGAUAGACAGCACGACUACGAAAAUUUCUUAGCAACCCUUCUUAUGACGAAAGCUAUUCGUUCUCCAACUCUAGUUGUGAGGGCAUUCAAUGUAGAAGUAGCAAGAGUGCAAGAUCAAACUAGUGAUUUGCAAACGGCUGCUUUUAGAGUACAAUUUUGGCUUGAUACCCUUAAUUAUAUAUAUAAGAAGGAUCAAUCUAUAAGCAAAAUUCCUGCUAACCCUAUUGCGAGGGAACUGUUUAAGAUUAAAGGCGAAAUGUGAUUUCAUUACUAAAGAAGCAAGGGCUGAAGUACAACGUCGUCAUCGCGUAACAUACUCUCAAUUAGAAAUCCUAUGGGAGUUUUUAAAUUCCAAUAGGGAUGUUGCAGUGGGCUAAAGUGCACAAGCUCGAGAAACUUCCCGCCGCAUGUGGGAGGAGGUAGCCCAAACCCUCAAUUCAUUUGGAGAUGGUGCCGUUAAGGACGGAAAAGGCUGGUCUGCCUACUGGAUUGAUUACAAGGGGAAGCUGAAGAAGCGGUGUGCUACUAUUAGAUCUGCGCAAUCUCGAACUGAUGGAGAGCCAUCUAAUGUUCCACAGCUGUCGACUUUAGAAAAGAAGUUUUUAAAUAUUGUAGGUGAAGAUUUUGGUUUGGGCCUUCCUGGUAUUCGUGUAAAUCCAUUUGAAGAUUCAAAUAUUCAUGCUGCAUCGACUUCAGAUAUGUCCCAAAUACCUCUACAGGAGGUCCAACAGUCCUUGGAACAAGAAUUUGUUCUUAAUACCAUUGAAAUCAUUGAAGGUGUUAAUCUCAGGAGUUCACUGGUUCAAGAGCAACAACAGCUAGAGACUGAAAGUGAACCACCAGUACUUGUAGACGUACAUGCUCCUGAGCCUUGUAUAUCUCAUACUGCACCUACAAGUACUCCAGAGGCACAUCCCACACAAGCGGUUUCUGUUGCACCAACUGGAGGUGAACAACAACAAAGAAGACGACGCAAUCGACGUGUGCGUAUUACUCAGGAAGAAUCAAGAAGAGCCUUGGUUGAAACGUCCCAAAUGCGGGCUGAAACGGAGGCUCGUAAUAGCCGCAAUAUGACGGAGUUCGUGCAAGUUUUUCAUCGAAUUCAAGCUGUUUUGGAACGCAUUGAGAGAAAGUUGCUUAGAAAUAUUUAUGUUGUACAUAGAAUAAAUUAAGUUAAGGGUAAAUCAGUACUAAGAAUUUCAAUUAACAGUUUCACUGCUGACAGGGAUCGAACCCAAAUUGUUUGCAUACAUAUUGUGAAAUAUUCGGCAAGCGCUUAGUCUCAGAGCUAUUAAGGCUCUACAAUUUUUAACUGAUUUCUUAAAUGGUUAUAAAUUUGCACUGUUUGAUUAUUAUUAUAAAUUACGAUAGCAAAAUAAAUGCGAGAAUAAGUCCAAAAUCUCCACAUAGAUAUAAAAAAGUAGAAAGGGUUUUUAGUUUGUAUAAUAUUUAAAUUUUUUAAAAUAGUAAUAAUAUUAAUAUAUUUAUUUGUUGAUCAUAAUUCAUAAGUAUGUCAUAAAAGAUGUUAAAAAUUGCGUUAUGUCCUAUAUGAUCUAUCAUUUAUUGGCAUAAAAAUAUCUAAGUAGAAUAAAUUGUUCGAAUAAUUGCAUAGAUUAUACGUAGGUCACUCAAUACGUUUUGAGAUAUACAAAAAGUAUUCUAGAUACUAUUAAUAUUUAUUUUACAUCUUUUCAAAAUAUUCUCUAUAAAUGUAAUAGAGAAAUUUAAACAAUAACACCAUAGUUUUAAAAUCAAUUUUAUUAUCAGGUUGCCCUCCGACAUAUCCAUGGGUGAUUGAUAAGGUUACUUGUGACCGUUAUGCCUUCUCGGAGCUCUGGAUUUUGUGCGGCCCUAGAAUUUACUGCAGAAUCUUGGCAGGGAGAAGUUAAUCGUUGCGAUUCAUGCUCAUACAAAGCUGCCUCUGGCUGCAGCUCUUCUACACUGACAUUAGUCUUAUUGCAUAUGUUGCGCAAUAUCACACAUGCAUUUAUAAUAGAAGCCACCAUGUGAGGCUCAUAAUGUAACACUAUGCACUAGGAGACAUCUGAAACAUGGCAAUUAUGUAUAUGAUGUACCUAUCUAUUUAUUAUUAUGUAAAGUCAUUACCAAGAAGCAUAUCGUCUCGUUUGUGCCGAGGCCUUCCAUGUGUGCCUUCAAAGGGUGAUUAGCCCAUAUAAAAGCAUCAUGUGAAGCUCCCCAAACUUGUGUCUACACUGAUUAUAUCCAUGUCUAUAUUGCAUAUCUAAAAUAUUAAUUCAAAUAUAUACUUAGUGUUUAAAUGAUUUAUGUAUCAAUAAAAUUACAUUAUUG